CGACAUUUUUGCCUCCCCAUUUCUCUGUUAUUUUUAUUUCGCUCAGUGGACUGCAAUCCACAAGAAAAUAUAGUGGCUGAGAUUUUUCCUGGAAGAUCUAUGAGAGAGAGAGAGAGAGAGAGAAAUUGGCUUGAGUUCAGGACAUUAAUUUUUGGGGUUCGGAUACUGAGCUGUUGAUUUGGUGUUGUUUCGGUCUGGUGGAACUCAAUGGCGGCAUGCAGAAUUUGAUUAUUGAUUGCUCGGCGUAAUGAGGUACUUUCUUCAGCAAAUUGAUCGCUUAAUCGGGGAUAUGGAUGGGAGAGUGCUGCUCUUUGUUGAGGAUUUGAAUGCUAAAUGAUUUAGAACUGCAAGUUAUUUUGCUGAUUUCGUCAGUUUAGAAAUUGAUUUUCGCGGAUGGAGAUAAACUCGUCCGGAGAAGAGCUGGUUGUGAAGACCAGAAAGCCUUAUAAGAUCACAAAACAGCGGGAGAGGUGGACUGAAGAAGAGCAUAACAGGUUCCUUGAAGCCUUGAAAUUGUAUGGUCGGGCCUGGCCGCGUAUAGAAGAGCAUAUUGGGACGAAGACAGCUGUUCAAAUCAGAAGCCAUGCUCAAAAAUUUUUCACAAAGGUGAACUAUUUUUUCCAUCUUAUUUCAGCAUUCAUUAUUGCCUGAUUUGCUCAGCUUACAUGCAACAGUAGGGUAACUCAGGAAAUUGAAUUGUU